ACCGGGGGAGAGCCUUUCCGAAGGGGGAGAGGGUGGGGGGGGGGCGAGAAGAGAGCAGGAAAGCAGCGCUCGUGCGGUGUUUUAUUUAAUAUAUAUUUAUUGAAUCCCUAACCUGAGGGGAUUACGUACCCGCUGGAGGAGAUGGCCACAAUUAACAUCUCCAAAGAUGAUCUCCAAGAACUGCAAGAGGUUUUUGAAAGAAUUGAUCUCGACAGCAGUGGCUUCAUUAAUGACUGUGAACUCCACGAGCUUUUACGGGAUGCUGGCUGUCAAGUGCCUGGCUACAAAGUAAGAGAAAUUAUUGAAAAGAUCGACAGGGACAAAAACGGCAAGAUCAGCUUUGAAGAGUUUCUUUCAGUUUUCCAAGAGUUGAAAAAUAGCGACAUUGCUAAAACCUUCAGAAAGGCAAUCAACAAAAAACAGGGGAUCUGUGCCAUUGGAGGAAUGUCUCACUUGUCCAGCGAAGGAACCCAACAUUCCUACUCUGAGGAGGAAAAAUAUGCAUUUGUUAACUGGAUAAACAAAGCCUUGGAGAAUGAUCCUGAUUGUAAACAUCUCAUUCCUAUGGACCCCAAUACAGAUGCUUUGUUUAAUGCUGUUGAUGAUGGCAUUGUCCUCUGCAAAAUGAUUAAUCUCUCUGUUCCGGAUACAAUUGAUGAAAGAACAAUGAACAAGAAGAAACUUACACCAUUUACUAUUCAGGAAAACCUGAACCUCGCUUUGAAUUCUGCCUCUGCCAUUGGUUGUCACGUUGUGAAUAUCGGUGCAGAAGACUUGAGAGAAGGAAAACCUCACCUGGUUUUAGGCCUUUUGUGGCAGAUUAUCAAGAUCGGUCUUUUUGCUGACAUUGAGCUUAGCAGAAACGAGGCGUUGGUUGCCCUGCUUCGUGAUGGCGAGAGUCUGGAAGAUCUAUUGAAACUCUCCCCAGAAGAGCUGCUGCUACGAUGGGCUAAUUAUCAUCUGGAGAAUGCAGGCGCACAGAAAAUUAAUAACUUCAGCUCCGAUAUUAAGGAUUCAAGGGCGUAUUUUCACCUCCUCAAUCAGAUUGCACCGAAAGGUACUAAAGAAGAUGAACCACGUAUUGACAUUAGUAUGUCUGGCCUUAAUGAGAAAGAUGACAUGAAGCGAGCAGAAUACAUGUUGCAAGAGGCAGACAAGCUGGGCUGCAGACAGUUUGUCACUCCAGCUGAUGUUGUCAGCGGGAACCCUAAACUCAAUUUGGCAUUUGUGGCCAACUUAUUUAACAAGUAUCCAGCUCUACAGAAACCCGAAAACCAAGAUAUUGAUUGGAGUCUGCUGGAAGGUGAAACCCGUGAAGAGAGAACUUUCCGUAACUGGAUGAAUUCCCAAGGUGUAAAUCCACAAGUGAACCACUUGUAUAGUGACUUAGCAGAUGCUCUAGUGAUACUGCAGCUAUAUGAAAAAAUCAAGGUGCCAGUUGAUUGGGAUCGAGUGAACAGGCCACCAUAUCCCAAGCUAGGUGCUAAUAUGAAAAAGCUGGAAAACUGCAAUUAUGCUGUCUUCUUGGGAAAGGAUUCAGCAAAAUUUUCUUUGGUGGGCAUUGGUGGACAGGAUCUGAAUGAUGGCAACGAAACAUUAACCUUAGCUUUGGUCUGGCAACUCAUGAGAAGGUACACACUGUAUGUUCUUGAAGAACUUGGUGAUGGGCAGAAAGUCAAUGACGACAUCAUUGUCAAGUGGGUGAAUAAGACCUUGGCAGACGCAGGCAAGUCAACAACCAUCCAGAAUUUUAGGGACAAGAACAUUAGCUCAAGUUUGCCUGUUCUGGACUUGAUUGAUGUGAUUCAGCCUGGCUGCGUUGACUAUGAGCUGGUGAAGACUGGGGAUCUGUCUGAUGAGGAUAAACAAGACAAUGCCAAAUAUGCUGUAUCAAUGGCUAGGAAAAUUGGAGCCCGUGUAUAUGCUCUUCCUGAGGACCUGGUUGAAGUGAAACCUAAGAUGGUUAUGACUGCUUUUGCCUGUUUAAUGGGAAGAGGAAUGAAGAGGGUCUAAUAGAUUGCCAAUUCUCAAGUGUCACCAGAAGCAAAUGACUGCCCUUUUAGAUAUUUCCAGGUUGAAAUAACAAUAAUAAUCCUUGCAUUUGAUAUAGCGCCUUAUCACAUCUUCGAGACAUCUCAAAGCGCUUCACAGAAUAUACUGUAAAGUGAAUUUGACUAUAUAGUUUGUGGGCGAAAUGCAGCAGCCAAUUGCGCACAGCAGUGUCCCACGAAGUCGUGAUUGAGUGACCAAAUUAUUAUUAUUUUUAUUUUAUUUUU